AUGGGUUUGGGUAAGACGCUUACUUUACUCUCUCUUAUUUCAACUGAUUUCUGUGCACCAUUAGAAUCAUUAAGCGACAAUCUAAGAAAAGAAGAAGAAGAUGAUGAACUGACAUUGUCUCUUUCUACUAAGAAACGGAAAUAUAGUAGAGAAAUUGUGGAUUCUUCACAUACUAAGAAAGUUCAGAAAAUUGUUGAUUUCAACAACUUAUUUCCGGAUGAGGAGGAGGAUGAAAUCACCCCUAAACGGUGGUGGGUGGCUAGAAGAAAAACAUUGAUCAUCUGCCCACAGUCACAUCUUUCAGACUGGACAAAACAAUUAGACCAACACAGAAAACCCGGUAUCCUGAGAGCAUUAACUUAUGCUCCAGAUUGGCGUAAACCAGGCCGAAAUAUUAAUAGUGACAACGAGAAUUUUCAAAACUAUGAAGUCGUUUUAACAACAGAUGAAACUCUAGUGCAUCAGUCUUUGGUUCCUUUCAAGGACAUUGAGUGGCACCGAGUUAUACUCGACGAGGCGCAUCUAAUCUACACCAAGGAAAACUAUCGCCGAGCUGCCUCGGCGCUUAAGUUUAGGCUCGAGUCUGUUCCGUUUCUUAAAUCCAAGAUUGUAUGGCUAGUUACAGGGAUGCCCAUCUUGAACGGUUCAUAUAUUUUGCCUUUUGCCAUGGACUUGUUAAAAUUCGCACCAUUUUCUGAUGCCAAGUAUUGGCAAGUACUCGUCCAAAAGUUGCUUGAUAAAGGAUACAAGAACGGGAUCUCCCGUUUACAGGACUUGACAUCAAACAUAUGUCUGCGAAGAUUAAAAGAAGAUGGCAAGGUUAAAUUAAUGCCCAAAACUGUAGAAACAUGUUUUGUGGAUUUCUCUGAUGAAGAACGAGAGGAAUAUGCCCAAGUGGAAGCAGAUUCCCAGAAUGUGAUUCGGAAUUACAUGAAUCACGGCCGUAUAGUGGGUAACCAUGCAAGUAUGCUUGGUAUCAUUCAACGGCUUCGUCAACUCUGUAAUCAUUCUGCCUCAUGUCCUACAGAAACUCUUCCGGCCUACACUAUUGAAGAUGUAACCAGGAACCCAAAAUUGCUGCAGAAAAUGGUGUCAACUCUACAAGAUGAAGACUGCUUUGACUGCCCGAUUUGCAUUUCUCCUCUAUGCAACGCGACCAUCACUUCAUGCGCUCAUGUCUUUUGCGAAAAAUGUAUCUUGAAAUACCUGCUCACUAAGCAAAAGAAGAAGAAAACUCCUUGUUGUCCUAUGUGCCGUCACCCUCUUUCUAAAACAGACCUCUUCUCAGGAUCACCAGAAAACCAUAAUGGUUUUGCAAUCUCAACCUCUGGUGGAAGUGGUACUACUAUCUACUCCUCCAAAGUGUCGGCACUGUUAAAUUUGUUGGUGGCCUCCAAGAAUGAAAAUAUGUCGACAAAGUCUGUGGUGUUCUCACAAUUCAGAAAGAUGUUGAUCUUGCUAGAAGAGCCACUGAAGGCUGCUGGUUUUGAAGUAGUGAGAUUGGACGAUCACAUGAAGAGUACCAAAAAGAGGAAUAAGCUGGUAGAUGAGUUUGAAAACAUGAAUUCGGAAAAUUCGCACAUUGUUCUUCUGGCAGAUCAUAAAGCUUCCAAUACGUGCAUGAAUCUGACAUUCGCAACAAGGGCAUACCUGUUGGAGCCAUGGUGUAACCCGAUUAUUGAAGAUCAAGCAAUAAAUCGGCUACAUCGGAUUGGACGGCAACAAGAAAUAAAGAUUACAAGGCUAAUUACUAAAAAUAGCAUCGAGGAGAGGAUAAUGCAAUUGCAUGAGUGGAAGAAGAAUUUUAGAAGUGAAAGUUCUGCUGAGAAUAUGGAUAAAAGGCAAAUCCACCGAGAAGAAUUUCGCAUUCUGAUGGCAUUGUGA